AUUAGGGCACGAAGACGCAGAGAGACCGGGCUCCUUUGCAGGAGCGGAGGCCGGAGGCCGGGAGUCCUACCGCCCGCCGGAUCUCGGGCCGGGCCGGGUCGGGUCGCCGCGGCUUCGUUGUCCGACCCCCACCCACGAUGAGCUCCUCCUCCGCCUUCCUCGAUCGGGAUGCCGGGCCGAGCGCCCCGCAUUUCCUCGUCGCCGGCUGCUUCGCGCUUGGCUUCGUCGCCGCCAGGUCCUUCCUUGACCGGUUCAUCUUCCGUAGGCUUGCGAUUUCGUUGCUUAGUCUCGGAUCUAGGCAGUUGAAAAUCAAUGAGGCGGUACAGGCGAAAAUCGUAAAAUGUUCGGAAUCUAUGUGGAAGUUGACAUACUACUUCGCUGUUGAAUAUUGCGUUCUGAAGAUCACUUAUCACGAGCCGUGGUUCUGGGACACAUCAGAGUAUUUCAAAGGCUGGCCUAACCAGGAGCUGAAGCUUCCUCUAAAGCUUAUCUACAUGUGCCAAUGCGGAUUCUACCUCUACAGUAUUGCUGCUCUCGUUACCUGGGAAACUCGAAGGAAGGAUUUUGCCGUCAUGAUGUCCCAUCAUGUAAUCACGGUCUUCUUGAUCGGUUACUCAUACUUGACUAGUUUCUUUCGAGUUGGCGCGAUUGUCCUGGCACUCCAUGAUGCGAGCGAUGUGUUCUUAGAAGCUGCCAAAGUUUUCAAGUACUCUGAACAUGAGCUUGGAGCAAGCGUAUUCUUUGGAUUAUUCGCCCUUUCAUGGCUCAUGCUACGCCUAAUAUACUUCCCUUUCUGGGUCAUCAGAACAACGAGUACCACUCUCUGUGAUUACUUACCAAUGGACAAAGCUUAUGCCGCACCGCUUUAUUACAUAUUCAACUCGAUGUUGCUGAUGCUGCUCGUCUUCCACAUUUAUUGGUGGGUUCUAAUAUGCUCUAUGAUCAGAAGGCAGCUAAAGAACCGAGGAAAAGUGGGCGAAGAUAUACGAUCGGAUUCGGAGGAUGAUGAUUAGAUUGCAGAUUGUGUCAAGCGGAUUCAGUUCGACGAGCCUAGUCGUAGAUGCAGAGGAUGAGAAUGUACCUUCGGCCCGUAUACGGAAGAAGAGAGAAGGAACACAUUUUGCAGUACAUACAACGUCCAACUAAGGACACUUUUCAUGAGUUCUUGUGUAUAAAAUGAUAAACAGGCAAUGUGUAAGUUUCUCUUUUUUCUCUAUGGAUAAAACUUCAGUUUAUUUCUUUUUGGAA